AUGCCCCGCUCCUUCCUGGUAAAGAAGAUCAAAGGGGACGGCUUCCAGUGCAGCGGGGUGCCGGCCCCCACCUACCACCCCUUGGAGACUGCCUACGUGCUGCCUGGCGCCCGGGGGCCGCCCGGGGACAACGGUUACGUCCCGCACUGCCUGCCCCCCAGCAGCUACGAUGUGGACCAGAAGCCGGGCCUGGAGCUGGCGCCGGCCGAGCCCGCGUACCCGCCGGCGGCGCCGGAGGAGUACAGCGACCCCGAGAGCCCGCAGUCUAGCCUGUCGGCGCGCUACUUCCGCGGGGAGGCGGCGGUGACCGACAGCUACUCCAUGGACGCCUUCUUCAUCUCGGACGGGCGCUCGCGCCGGCGGCGCGGCGGGGGCGGCGGGGACGCGGGGGGCGCGGGGGACGCCGGGAGCGGCGGGGGGCGCGCGGGGCGCGCGGGGGCGCCGGCGGGCGGCGGGCACCGGCACGCGUGCGCCGAGUGCGGCAAGACGUACGCCACGUCGUCGAACCUGAGCCGCCACAAGCAGACGCACCGCAGCCUGGACAGCCAGCUGGCCCGCAAGUGCCCGACGUGCGGCAAGGCGUACGUGUCCAUGCCCGCGCUGGCCAUGCACGUGCUCACGCACAACCUGCGCCACAAGUGCGGCGUGUGCGGCAAGGCCUUCUCGCGGCCCUGGCUGCUGCAGGGCCACAUGCGCUCGCACACGGGCGAGAAGCCGUUCGGCUGCGCGCACUGCGGCAAGGCCUUCGCCGACCGCUCCAACCUGCGCGCGCACAUGCAGACGCACUCGGCCUUCAAGCACUACCGCUGCCGCCAGUGCGACAAGAGCUUCGCGCUCAAGUCCUACCUCCACAAGCACUGCGAGGCCGCCUGCGUCAAGGGGGCCGAGCCACCCCCGCCGCCCCCCGCCGGCCCCGCCAGCUGAACCUCCCUCCACGCCCCGGGCCCCCUACCUUUGCCCUCAGCAUCCCCCAGCUGCAUUCCCCUGCCCGCACCCCUCGUGGGGUCCCCGCUCCCAGCUCGGAACUUUUCUCUCCAGCCCCCAAACCCAGAACUCACUUCCGGCACUGUCUUCCCUGGGACCUCCCGACCCUCAUAUCCUUACCGGCUACCGAGAUUCGGACCUUGACCCUUUGUUCGCCCCCUCAAGGCUCCCAACUCAGGCACCAGGUCCGCACCUCUCCCAGGCCCC